AUGGUUAAUCACCAACAAAUACAAGAGAAGACUCCAGAUCCAAUCCCAGAGGAAUCCAGCUCGCCGGUAAUCGGAAGUCUACUGAAUGACGCUGCAACGUUGCAAUAUUUCGCGCUUGAUAUUUUCAGCAUCAAUUUUCAGUGGAUUGCAAGGACUUCUGUGCUUUUUCUUUUUUUUGUUGUUAUUCAACAAGAGAGAACUCCCAUUAAUGGGAAUCAAAAGGAAACCCUGAAAUCCUUGUUUAAGGAUGGAAUGACACGAGUUGGGUCAGAAUUAAUACCAAGAGCUGCAUCUGCUACUAGUUUGGACACCAGUGUCAUAGAAAACUGGAUCGGUAAUUUCAAAAGAUCAGAAAUUACAAAAGCUUUGUCUGAACCCCGGCCAUCAAAGGCCAAAGUUCACAUCAGAGAGCUGUCGCCUUACAAUCUUUUUUGUAGGGACAUAUUCAAAAACAAAUGCACAAUGAAUGAUAUUAAGGGCAGGUGGGCCACAUUGGGGGAAGAUGAAAAGCAGAAAUACUUUCAAGAGGCAGCAGCACUGAGGGCACAUGGGCAGGCACAGGACCUUAACCCUGAGAUGAGGGAUGCCCGAAUUAAAAUGCACCUUAAGAAGCUGAAGUUAGAGGUGUCCAAGCUUGAGGAUUUGGGUGUGGAAACAGCCAUUUUAUCAUUUGACCGCCUAAAGUCCACAUUAGAGGUCUUUGAACUGAGCAGCAAAGGAGCCACUGAUUUCCUUGAUUCAACGGAGACAGUCAACAACUUUGCACUGCAUUUCAAAGCCAGCUCCUCACCCGCAACACCCAGUACCAGAGAUAAUGUCAGUGUUCUGGUAGGAAAAGUGCAAGAUCUAUUCAACCAAAAAUAUAGUAAGCAUAAGUUCAAAUACUUUUAA